GCUUCGCCGUAACAAGCAUUUAAUAUCUGAUUUUAGCAAGUUUAAAUAACCGGACUUUUAUCUAAUACACACAAACCUUUAAAAACGUAAUAUAACACGAAGGUGAACUAGCUACCUGAACAUUGGACUGUCUUAUACCCGCGCGCUCCCUCCCUGCCCCGCUGCUUCUCGUCACUUAGCCCCCACCUCCUCCCCUUACCGUCAAGUUUGGGGUCAAGAAAGAUCCGAAAUAAAUCAUAUAAUUGACACAAAUAAACAAUUAACCCAUUUGCAAUAUAUAAAGACCCAUUAUGUCGGGGAGUGAGGACGAGAGGGAAGAAUUUGGAGCCACGCGGGACUCUCUAGGACUCGACGAGGAGGUGGAGGAGCCGGUGUCAGAGACGGAAACUCCCAAGGCGAAGAAGAAGAAGAAGGCGAAGAAGAGCAGCAGGGAGAGCAGGAGCAGUAAACGACAGAAAGCUCUCAGAGAGGAGGUGCCCAUCGGUUCUCCUGAGGUGCGGGAGGCCAUGGGGAUGGCGGAGCGGGACGAGGAGGAGGACAGGGCGAUGAGGUCGGACAGCGAGGGGAGCGACUACGCCCCCAGCAAGAAGAAGAAGAAAAAAUCCAGCUCUUCCAAAGACAGGAAGAAAGGAGAGAAGGAGAAAGCCGCGGCGAGCUCGACGGGAGGGAAGAGCAAACGGAAAGACGUGGAGCCGGAGGAGGAGGAGGAGGAGGAAGAGGAGGAUGACGACGAGGACGGACAGGAGCCCAAGUCGUCGUGCCAGCUGUUGGAGGACUGGGGAAUGAGAGACAUCGACUACGUGUUUACGCAGGAUGACUACAGCUCCCUCACGAACUACAAGGCCUUCAGUCAGUUUGUCAGGCCUCUGAUAGCUGCUAAAAACCCUAAGAUUGCCGUGUCAAAGAUGAUGAUGGUGUUGGGCGCCAAGUGGCGGGAGUUCAGCACCAGGAACCCGCUGCGCGGCUGUGCCAACGCUAACGUGGCCCUGUCCGCCUCCAGCGUCGCCACCACCGUGGAGAACAUGGUGUCGGGGGCCGGAGGAGAGGGAGGGGGUGGGCCCAGUCAGAACCUCGCCCACUCCCAGACUCCUGCUCCGCCCGCGCCUCCCUCGCAGCAACCCCCCCAGCAACCUCCUGCACCCCCCCUCCGCAAGGCCAAGACCAAAGAAGGCAAAGGCCCUAACGCUCGCAGAAAGACCAAACCCACCCCUAAACCUCAGGAGAAAAAAUCAAAGGCGAAAAAAGUGGCUCCACUCAAAAUCAAACUGGGCAGCAUUAAGAGGAAACGCUCCUCAAGUGCUGAGGAUGACGAUGGAGACAGUGACUUUGAUAACUUCUCCGUUAGCGACAGCUCUAACAGCCGCAGUAGUCGAUCCAAGAAGAAAUCAAAGAGCUCCAAGAAGAAGAAGAAAGUGGAUGAGGAGGCAGACGGCUAUGAGACAGAUCAUCAGGAUUACUGUGAGGUGUGUCAGCAGGGCGGGGAGAUCAUUCUGUGUGACACCUGUCCCAGAGCCUAUCACAUGGUCUGUCUGGACCCCGACAUGGAGAAAGCCCCCGAGGGCACCUGGAGCUGCCCGCACUGUGAGAAGGAGGGCAUCCAGUGGGAGGCGCGAGAGGAGAGUUCGGAGGGCGAGGAGGAGAACGAGGACGGGCGGAGGGAGGAGGGCGAGGCGGAGGAGGACGACCAUCACAUGGAGUUCUGUCGCGUGUGUAAGGACGGCGGGGAGCUGCUGUGCUGUGACACCUGUCCGUCCUCCUACCACUUACACUGUCUGAACCCCCCACUGCCCGACAUCCCCAAUGGAGAGUGGAUCUGCCCUCGCUGCCUGUCUCCUCCGCUGAAAGGUAAAGUCCAGAGAGUUAUAACCUGGCGUUGGGGCGAAGCUCCGCCUCCAAUGCCAGUGCCCCGCCCAGCAGACCUCCCACCCGACGCCCCAGACCCGCCCCCGAUGAUGGGCAGGAAGGAGAGAGAGUUCUUUGUCAAAUGGUGUAACAUGUCCUACUGGCACUGCUCCUGGGUACAGGAACUACAGUUGGAGCUGAACUGUCAGGUGAUGUUCCGUAACUACCAGAGGAAGACGGACAUGGACGAGCCGCCCAGUCUGGACCUGGGGGCUGACGGCGAUGAAAACAAGAGUGUUAAGAGGAAGAAUAAAGACCCUCUCUACGCUCGCAUGGACGACCAGUUUGGCCGCAAUGGAGUCAAACUGGAAUGGCUUUUGAUCCACCGAAUCCUCAACCACAGUGUGGAUAAGAAGAAUAAUGUGCACUAUCUGAUUAAAUGGAGAGAUCUGCCUUAUGACCAGUCCACAUGGGAGAGUGAAGACAUGGACAUACCAGACUAUGAAACUUACAAACAACACUACUGGAACCACAGGGAUUUGAUGGUUGGAGAGGAGCCCAGGCCUGGGAAGAAACCGAAGAAAGUGAAAGUGAAAAAAAUUGAAAAACCUCCAGCCAACCCAGUGGUGGAUCCCACUAUAAAGUUUGAGAGACAGCCUGAUUACCUGGAUGCGACGGGCGGGACCCUCCACCCGUACCAGUUAGAGGGGCUGAACUGGCUGCGUUUCUCCUGGGCUCAGGGCACCGACACCAUCCUGGCCGACGAGAUGGGCCUGGGCAAGACCGUACAGACCGCAGUCUUCCUCUACUCACUCUACAAAGAGGGUCACUCUAAGGGCCCAUUCCUGGUCAGCGCUCCUCUGUCCACUAUAAUAAACUGGGAGCGAGAGUUUGAGAUGUGGGCCCCAGACAUGUACGUGGUGACGUAUGUGGGAGACAAGGACAGCAGGGCCGUCAUCAGAGAGAACGAGUUCACCUUCGAAGACAACGCCAUCCGCGGAGGAAAGAAAGCCUCCAAGAUGAAGAAAGAAGCUGCGGUUAAGUUCCAUGUGUUACUGACGUCCUACGAGCUGAUCACUAUUGACCAGGCCAUACUGGGAUCCAUCGACUGGGCCUGUCUAGUGGUGGACGAGGCCCACAGACUGAAAAACAACCAGUCUAAGUUUUUCAGGGUGUUGAAUAACUAUCCUCUACAGCAUAAGCUGUUGUUGACAGGGACUCCACUACAGAACAACCUGGAGGAACUUUUCCACCUGCUCAACUUCCUCACCCCUGAGAGAUUCAAUAAUCUGGAGGGGUUCCUGGAGGAGUUUGCGGACAUCGCCAAAGAGGACCAGAUCAAGAAGCUCCACGACAUGCUGGGUCCGCACAUGCUGAGACGGCUGAAGGCUGACGUGUUCAAACACAUGCCGUCCAAAACCGAACUCAUCGUCAGGGUGGAGCUCAGCCCCAUGCAGAAGAAGUACUAUAAGUACAUCCUGACUCGUAACUUUGAGGCGUUGAACACGCGCGGAGGAGGGAACCAGGUGUCUCUGCUCAAUGUGGUCAUGGACCUGAAGAAAUGCUGCAACCACCCCUAUCUUUUCCCCACUGCUGCUAAUGAAGCUCCUAAGAUGCCCAAUGGGAUGUAUGAUGGCAGUGCCCUCACAAAGGCUUCUGGGAAACUGAUGCUGUUACAGAAGAUGCUCAAGAAACUGAAGGAGGGAGGACAUAGAGUCCUCAUAUUCUCACAGAUGACUAAGAUGUUGGACCUGCUGGAGGACUUUCUGGAGAAUGAGGGAUAUAAGUAUGAAAGGAUUGACGGAGGAAUAACCGGAGGGAUGAGACAGGAAGCCAUCGACAGAUUCAACGCCCCUGGUGCUCCUCAGUUUGUGUUCCUGCUCUCCACACGAGCGGGGGGUUUGGGAAUUAAUCUGGCAACUGCAGAUACAGUUAUUAUCUAUGACUCAGACUGGAACCCACACAAUGACAUACAGGCGUUCAGCAGAGCUCAUCGUAUUGGUCAGAAUAAGAAAGUGAUGAUUUAUCGUUUUGUCACUAAAGCAUCCGUGGAGGAGAGAAUCACACAGGUGGCGAAGAAGAAGAUGAUGCUGACCCAUCUGGUGGUGCGGCCCGGUCUGGGAUCCAAAUCCGGUUCCAUGUCCAAACAGGAGCUGGACGACAUCCUGAAGUUCGGCACGGAGGAACUCUUUAAAGACGACAACGGAGAGGGAGAGAACAAGGAGGAGGACAGCAGUGUGAUCCACUACGAUGACAAGGCCAUUGAGCUGUUACUGGACCGGAACCAGGAUGCCACAGAAGACACUGAGCUCCAGAGUAUGAACGAGUACCUCAGCUCCUUUAAAGUGGCCCAAUACGUCGUCAAAGACGAGGACGAGGAGGAGGAGGACCUGGACAGGGAGAUCAUUAAACAGGAGGAGAGCGUGGAUCCUGAUUACUGGGAGAAGCUGUUGCGUCACCAUUACGAGCAGCAGCAGGAGGACCUGGCCCGUCACCUGGGCAAAGGCAAACGCCCGCGCAAACCCGUCAACUACAACGACUGCUCCCAGGAGGAACGAGGUAGUGCCCGGGAUUGGCAGGAUGACCAGUCCGACAACCAAUCAGAUUACUCUGUGGCGUCUGAAGAGGGCGACGAGGACUUUGAUGAGCGGUCUGAGGCUAACUCUCGUAAGCCGAAUCGUAAGGGGUUGAGGAACGAUAAGGAUAAGCCACUGCCCCCUUUACUGGCCAGAGUGGGAGGAAACAUCGAGGUGUUGGGUUUUAAUGCGAGACAGAGGAAGGCCUUCCUGAAUGCAGUGAUGCGUUAUGGGAUGCCUCCACAGGACGCCUUCACCACACAGUGGCUCGUCAGGGACCUGAGGGGCAAAUCUGAGAAAGAGUUCAAGGCAUACGUUUCUCUGUUUAUGCGUCACCUUUGUGAGCCAGGGGCGGAUGGGGCGGAGACUUUUGCCGAUGGCGUUCCUCGUGAGGGGUUGUCACGGCAACACGUCCUCACUCGCAUUGGGGUGAUGUCUCUGAUUCGUAAGAAGGUACAGGAGUUUGAACAUGUGAAUGGUCAGUGGUCGAUGCCGUGGAUGAAAGAAUUGGAGGAAAGCAAGAGGGCCGCUGCUGUUGCCGCAGGAGACGACCCCAAAACACCUUCUACUGGGACCCCUGCAGAUACCCAACCUAAUACACCCGCACCAGAUGACCUGACAAAGUCUGAAGACUCUGCAAAAGAGACAGAGGAGAAGAUGGAGGGAGAGGCAGAGAAAGAAGGCAAAACGACAGCCAAGCAGGAAGACCCUGAAAUAAUCGAAAUCCCGGAUGACAGCGAUAAGCCCCCGAGUCCGGAGAAGAAAAGCGAGAAGACGGAGACAGAGGGAGACAGCGAAAGAGGGAGCGCGGAGACAGAGAAAGAGAAAGAAAAAGAGCGAGAGAAAGAGGGAGAGAAGGAAGAGAAACCAAAGGAGACCGCCGAGGAAAGCGCCUCCUCCUCCUCCUCCUCCUCGGCGGAGGUCAAAGUUGAGAGUUCAGACGCACCCGUGAGUUCGGAUGGGUCCAAAACCAAAGAAGAAUCCAAGGAGGAGAAAACUGAGAAAAUGGACACAAGUCCUUCAGUGGAAGAGAAAAAAGAGCCAGUAGAGGAGAAGGAUGGAGGGAAGGCGGAGGAGUCCGCUAAGCUGCAGAAUGGAGAGAACGCGAAAGAGUCGGGUGGAGCGGCCGACGGAGUGAGUGAGGAGAAGAAAAAAGCCACCAAACAGAGAUUCAUGUUCAAUAUCGCCGACGGAGGCUUUACAGAGCUGCACUCUCUGUGGCAGAAUGAAGAGAGGGCGGCGACCGUGACGAAGAAGACGUAUGAGAUCUGGCACCGUCGUCAUGACUACUGGCUCCUGGCUGGCAUCAUACAACACGGGUAUGCUCGCUGGCAGGAUGUGCAGAACGAUGUUCGCUUCGCCAUCCUCAACGAGCCCUUUAAAGGAGAGAUGAGCCGCGGCAACUUCCUGGAGAUCAAAAACAAAUUUCUCGCUCGCAGGUUUAAGCUGUUGGAGCAGGCCCUGGUGAUAGAGGAGCAGUUGCGGAGGGCGGCGUAUCUGAACAUGUCUGAGGACCCCUCUCAUCCCUCCAUGGCUCUCAACACUCGCUUCAGUGAAGUCGAGUGUUUGGCCGAGUCCCAUCAGCACCUCAGCAAAGAGUCCAUGUCGGGCAACAAGCCUGCCAACGCCGUACUACACAAAGUUCUCAAACAGCUGGAGGAGCUGCUCAGUGACAUGAAAGCCGAUGUCACCCGUCUCCCAGCAACCAUCGCCCGGAUACCGCCCGUCGCUGUGCGACUGCAGAUGUCAGAAAGGAACAUCCUAAGCCGUCUGGCCAGCCGGGGGCCAGAGGUCACGCAGCCCCAGGCACCCCGCUGACCUCUCAGUGACCUCUAACGGGGAGAAAGGGGCGAGCGGAGACUCCUGCACCCUCCUAC